AUGCCAAUUUCGCAAUUGAAAAUAAAGACGAACGUUGUAAAAAGGAUUCAUAAAGAACACGUUGGUUAUUUGCAAGAAGCAGAAACUCAGCAAAAGCGUAUUGAUAAGCUGAUUGCUAACAAUGCUGAUGAAGCCGAUGUCAAAAAACAGAAAGAAGUUUUAGCAGAAACACAUCAAAUGAUUCCUGACGUGAAAAAGAGACUUGCGAAAGCAUAUGAAGAUCUACAGGACGCGUUGGAAAACAUCGAGAACGCUGAUAGCAACGAAGUCGAAGAAGCUAAACAAGUAUUAUCUGAUAUCCCUGCCGAUAUAUCUGAAUGA